UUAUGAACGAGAUGCGAUUGAUAAUUUGUUUGGGCCAUGCGUGCAGUGCAUUGUUUGGCUACUUUAGUAAAUUGCCGUCAUUCUCAGAUUUUUCUCUUCAUGCUAUUUAUCCACCAUCAGGUCAAGCGGUACCCCUUGUCAAUAGCUUUCUAACUAGCAAACCUGGCAAGGGUUUAAUCGUCUUGACCUCAUGCUCACCCUCAGUCCUGGUUCAGUCUGCGAUGUCUGCGCAGAAGAGUACGGUCCCCACUGUGUUCCUCACUCCAUUCCGUGUGGUCACGUCCUCUGCUCAAGUUGCUGCCAUAAAAUCGUAGAAAAGACAGCACCUCGUCUCCAGCCCGUCUGUCCAUUCUGUCGGGAUCAUUUCACCAGCGAGGACGUCCGUUUGAUCCGCAUCGACUUUUCAUCAUCAAGCGCAUGGGCCACUACUCGGCGGCGAACUGAGGCUCUCGACAUUGCUGACCGCUCCACAUCACGACGGGAAGAUCGUUUUCCCUUCGUCGAGCCGAGCUCCUCGCGUACCCGCGCAGAAGCUCGCAGGCUGGAGGAUAAAGUGGCAAAAGUAGCCGCAAAAAAAUGCUCAGUGGAAGAGGUUUCGACUCUACACAACGAGCUACAAGAUUGGUUGACUCAUGAUGAGAAAUCUAACGACCAGCUUUCUUCUUUAUCCCUGAGUGCUGCGCUGCUCAGGGCGAUUUUGAUGAAUCACUUGGCUCAUUCGGAGGCUACGAAAAUGGCAAGGGGGGUCGAGGCCACCCUAAAGGGGAAGCUAGACGACAUGGAAUUAACUGUCACCAAGCUAGAAGCCGAUCGAAAGCAGUACCAAGCCCUCCAUGCCCAAAAAGUACAAGAAUGUCAGGCUCUUCGAGCAGAGCUUAGCCGUUAUACUCUUAAGUCCGCUUCUUCUCAGGCAACGUCCCCUUCCCGCCCCAGUACUGCCGUUCCAACGCCACCUGCCCGCCCCAGCACCGCCGCUCCAACUGGAUUAAGCGAGCGGCGCCAAUCAGUUUCAUCAUCGGCGGCAUCCGCGUAUAACGUACCAGCCAUGCCAUCCAUGCUCUCGCGUUUCGCGGCCACUCAUUCCCGAAGUGCCUCCUUAUCUGUGUCCGGAGGGUCGAGACCAACGACCCCCGCGCGCAUGGCGACACCAUCAAUUCGGUCUGAGACCCCAAUGCAAGCGCCGAUGAUGUCUUCUCGCCUAAGCUCCGCGUCCCCAAUCCCCCCUUCCAGACCGCGAACUAUCUCCAUCUCCGCGACGUCACCCCAAAAAAUAACUCGUUCACACUCCGAUGAGCAAGAGAGAGAACGAGAACGGAUUCACGAGCGUUGGAUGCCGUCACCAAACGCAAAACUAUCAACUACCCCCCCCUACUUUGGUUCGACCCCAGCUCCUGGCCGUGCCCGCGCCUCGUUCUCAACAAACGCUGCUUAAAAAAAUAUUUGUCCUAUCUUGGAUUUGUCGUUGCUUGAUUUUCAGUCUAGCGGUCCCAGGACUACUACUCUACUUGUCUCAUAUUGCUAUCUGUCGCCUAGUUCUCGUAUCCCAUUUCCUCUUUUCCGUUUCCAUUUUCUCCGUCUCUGUCUCUCGCAUCUGCAUCCCUCAUCAUUCGCGCUGCUCCUUAUACUAAUGAUUUUAUUUCUCUGUAUCCUAUUCCUUUCGCUUUCUUGACCUCGCUUGGCUUUUUGCAGGAUUUCUGAGCCAUACCCCAUCCCUCGUGCAGUUCGUUCGUGUUACUUAUUCCCUUUUGAACAGUUUCACCCCACCCACCCACCCUUA